AUGCCUAGCCCAUCCCUUAGCCAGGAUGAGUUCGAGGGCGACUCUCUUUUAAAGGAUACGUCGUCUUUCGAUUACGAGAAGCGCCUGCCUCUCUCGAACGAUAAGCCUUGUGGCAAUGGCCGUUGUCGCUGGAAAGCCAUCCGUCAUAGGUACCAGGGAGCUUGGCCCUCUCUGAUUCGGUAUACGGUAUUUGCUAUCUUGUCGUUCACUUCUGCCGCCUAUUACUUCUGGAGAAUAUUGCCCGACAAUCCAUCCGAAACCGUUCCCCCACAUCCCGUGACACCUUCGGUCUGCGAGUCACCUGAAUGUGUACACGCUGCAUCGGAAAUUCUUUAUAGUCUCGACCCAAACCACUCCAACAUCGAUCCUUGUACCGAUUUUGAUCAAUAUGUCUGUGGAGGCUGGAGAGAACGCCAUGAUAUGCGUCCCGACCAGGGAUCCAUCUUUGCUGGAACCUACAUGUCAGAAAACGCCGAGACCCGACUGCGUCACAUUUUGGAGUCCUCUGAAGCUCCCGAGUCCGCGGAUUCGGAGAACUUUGAAAAGUUAAAGGCUGCCUAUGAUGCUUGCCUUGACGAGCCUGCGAUCAAAAAGCGAGGAAGCAAGCCGCUUGAUGAUAUUCUGGCCGAUAUUGAAAAGAUAUAUCCAGCCAGCUCUGCUUCUAGCACGGGUACCAAGGACGGUCUGACCGAGCUCCAGCUCCAUUUACUCGAGUCCGGUAUUGAUGGACUGACUUCUCUUGGUGUUUCUCCGGAUGAUCGCAACCCAGAUACUGUUGUUAUCUUCGUAUCUCCACCCGAUGAGAUAGGGCUCCCAUCUAGGGAGUAUUAUAACAACACUCAAACUGUUGCCGAUUAUACGAAAGUGGUUGAAAAGGUCCUCAAAAGCUUCGCCGACAGCAAGAAAAAGUUGGCCCGUGAUGUCGUGACCUUUGAAGCAAAACUCGCCAACGUGACUCCGGAUACACAAACCCUGGAGGAUAUCACCCAAACCUAUAACCCAUUUACCAUCGACGAGACCAAAUCGUUGCUUCCGGAAAUCUCCCUUUCCGAGAUAAUCUCGGUGCUGGCGCCGUCUGACUAUAAAAGUGAUCGUAUAAUCGUUUCGUCACCAUCAUAUAUGAAGUCUUUGUCGGAUCUUCUGGGCGAAACUUCUAGAGAAACUCUUCAAUUGUUCUUCAAGUGGAAGACCAUCCAGGCCCUUGCGGGUGGCAUUGAAGACUCAAAAGUACAGCCUCUGCGGGAGUUUAACAACAAACUCGCAGGAAAAGACCCCCAGGCCACCGAAGAGCGAUGGCGAAAAUGCAUCAACUCCCUGGAUGAAGGACUCGGAUGGAGUUUGAGUCGGUUUUUUGUUUUGGAUGCCUUCUCAGAGAGCUCAAAGAAGCUCGGGGACCAAAUUGUGUCUGACAUCAAGGAGCGCUUCGUGUUUGUUCUUCACCAGACGAGCUGGAUGUCCCCCGAAGUGAGAAAGCUGGGCAUUCAGAAAGUUGGAAACAUCAUCCAGAAGAUUGGAUUUCCCACCAAAAGCCCCAACAUCACGGAUCCGGCGGAUGUAAAAGAACAUUACAAAGACCUGGAGGUAUCUAACAAGACGUACUUCGAGAACGAAUUGGCAGCUACAAAAUUCGACAUUCGCAGACGAUGGGCGAAGUUGGGCAAGCCGACUGACCGUGAUGAAUGGGAUAUGACCGCUCCCACCGUCAACGCCUACUAUAACCCCGCUGGCAAUGAGAUCGUCUUCCCGGCUGGGAUCAUGCAACCGCCUGUUUUCUGGGGUUCUUCUUCUCCAUUGUACUUGGCUUAUGGUGCUUUCGGCGCCGUUAGUGGGCAUGAGCUUUCACAUGCUUUUGAUUCGACCGGUAGACAUUAUGAUGAGAUUGGCAACUACACUAACUGGUGGGACGAGAAGACGAUCGAGGCCUUUGAAGAGCGGGCUCAAUGUUUUGUCGACCAAUACUCCGACUUUACCGUCCCCGGACGGGACGGCAAGAUACUGCACGUCAACGGACGUCUCACGUUGGGGGAGAAUAUCGCAGACGCUGGAGGGCUAGCGGCGGCAUUCCACGCCUGGAAGAAGCGCGAUGAAGCAUCACCCGAUCCGGCGCUACCGGGACUGUCUGCAUUCAGUAAAGAGCAACUCUUCUUUGUGUCGUAUGCCAACUGGUGGUGUGGCAAGACGACGGACGAGGCGGCUGAAAGGGCGAUCUAUACCGAUCCCCAUGCGCCCAAAUCCGCCCGCAUUAUUAAUACAAUGGCGAAUUCCCGGGAAUUUAAAGAGGCAUUCAACUGUCCUGCGAAGGAACCUGUUUGCAAACUCUGGUAG